AUGACAACAAAUAGCAUCACAACAAAAGUAAAGGCAAUCCGUGGAGGAAGAAUAAGGGAUAUUGAGAAUUGCCUUAUAGAAUAUAUAUCUGAAGGCAAACUCGACUCUGUUGAUGUCAUAGCUGUGCAUGUUGGAACCAACAAUGUGUCUGAUAGAGAUUCUGUUCGUACUAUAAUAAAUGAUUAUAAAAAUCUUAUUCACACGGUGAAACAGAGCUUACCGGAAACGCAAAUAAUUAUUUCAUCAAUUCUACCAAGGCCUACAGAUUACAAGUCAAACCAAAUUAUUUCUGAAGUCAACCAGCAGUUACUAACAGUUGAAGACAAUCAAGUGAAAAUACUGGAUAACACUGUCAAAAAUAAAGAGAUCAAUAUUAUAGGGUACAAUUUACAUAGAAAAGACAGAAUUGAUAAAUCUGGGGGUGGGCUUUUACUUUAUACUUCAAAACAAAUAAAUACGCUUAGAAGGGACGAUUUGGAAAUGCAAGAAAUUGAGUCAAUGUGGAUAGAAAUUAUUAAUGUUCAUCAAAAGCCUAUUUUACUAGGUUAUGUAUAUAGACCACCUAACAGUUAUGCUAACUGGGUUACUAUGUUUGAAACCAUGAUGUUAAAAGUUGACACUGAAGAAAAGGAAACUAUUGUUAUGGGAGAUUUUAAUAUUGAUAUAAUGUCAAGUAAAAACCAUGCUAAGUGGUCACACAUCAAAAAUAUUUUCAACAUGAGUCAAAUGGUUACAGAACCUACCAGAGUAACUAAAACUUCAUCUACUUUAAUUGACCAUGUGUAUUGUAAUCUGCCAGAAAAUAUUAAUUAUAUUGCAGUUCCAAAAUAUUCAAUCAGUGAUCACUAUCCAGUAUGUAUUUCUCAUAAAAGAGGGUGUAAAACGAAAAAGCAAAUCCAUGAUUAUAUAACUUAUAGAUCUACAAAAUAUUUCAACGAGACUGAUUUUAUUCACCAUUUAUCUCAGUGUCCCUUUGACAGUAUACUAGAAAUUGAUGACCCUGAUGAAGCGCUACUAAGUUUUAUAAAUAUAUUUACUGAAGUGUUAAAUCAUCAUGCUCCUCUCAUUAAAAAGCGAGUUAAGCAUGUUUAUCAAAAUCAGUGGAUAAAUGAUGAAAUUAUGGAGGGCAUGAAAAAACGUGAUUAUUAUCAUAAGAAAAAAGACACAUAUAACUAUAAAGUUUGGAGAAACAAGGUUAAAUAUCUCAUAGAAAAUUCAAAACAAAAUUUUUAUACUGAAGUAUUAGAACAAGAAAAAGGAAAUAGCAGCAAAUUAUGGAAACACUUGCAUAAUGUAAAUGGUAGUGAAAAUCAUCAUGACCAUGCAAUCUUAAAUGACUGUAGCAAUAAACCAAUUACAGACCCUAAAAGCAUUGCUGAUACUUUCAAUAAUUAUUUUACAAAUAUUACUGAAAAUGUUAAUCUUAAUUCAAACUCAAGCACCAGUUGUUCUGGAAAACUUGAUAAUUAUAUUUCAUGUCGUGUACCAGAAAAUGUCUUUUUUACCAUACCACAAAUAACUAGUGAAUUUGUUCUCCAUCAAUUAAUCACACUUGAUGAGAAAAAAGCAACAGGUCUUGAUAAUAUCAGUGCAAAGUUUUUAAAAAUGUCAUCACAUCUAAUUUCAGUUCCAUUAUGCCACAUUUUUAAUUUAAGCAUCAGAAAAUCAGUAUAUCCAUCGUUAUUCAAACUGUCUAAAGUUCUACCAGUAUUUAGAAAUAAAGGUUCAAAAAAUGAUGUUUUUAACUACAGACCUAUUGCAAUUUUACCAUUACUAUCUAAGAUCCUUGAGCGACACGUAAAAACUCAUUGGAUGAAUUUUCUAAACAAAUAUAAUCUAUUGUAUGUCAUGCAAUCAGGCUUUCGUGCAAACCAUUCCUGUCAAACUGCUAUGACUUCUUUGUUAGAUAAAUGGUUAAAAGCCAUUGAUGAAGGAAAUUUAGUAGGGGCAGUAUUUUUAGAUCUGUGUAAAGCUUUUGAUCUUCUAAAUCACAAACUGCUCCUUCAAAAAUUACAAAACCUUUAUCCUCAGCCUUUAUUCUCAGCCUUUAUCUUCAGACUUUAUCCUCAGCCUUUAUCCUCAGCCUUUAUUCUCAGCCUUUGUCCUCAGCCUUUAUCCUCAGCCUUUAUGCUCAGCCUAUAUCCUCAGCCUUUAUCCUCAGCCUUUAUAAAUUAUCAGCCUUUGUCCUCAGCAUUUAUCCUCAGCCUUUAUUCUCAGCCUAUAUCCUCAUCCUUUAUCCUCAGCCUUUAUUCUCAGCCUUUGUCCUCAGCCUUUAUCCUCAGCCUUUAUCCUUAG